AUGCAUAAGUUGGGGGCACCGUACCACCCUGCAACGAAUGGUCAAGCUGAACGUUUUAUACAAACCUUCAAGACCAAGUUGAAGGCAAUGCCUCGUAAGGAGGAGUUACAGCGAAAAAUUGAUCAAAUUUUAUUGGCUUAUCGACGAGCAAUUCACCCGGUCACGAAUAAAUCACCAGCUAUGACAAUGUUUGGGCGACAAAUACAAAGCAGAUUGGACCUCCUACUGCCCAACAAUGAAGUCCGAGACCCCGAAAGACAAAAAACUACAAGAGAGUUAGCAGUAGGAGACGCUGUGAUGGCUCGGGAUUAUAUGGAUAAGCUUAAGUGGAAGCCUGGAAUACGUGAACGGGAUCGCAUCCAGCACCAAACAAGGAGGAGAUCUUCAUACAAUCGAAGAAUAGAGCAGCUACGUAAUACAGCACAGCAUUUUACUCGUCGACAGGAUGAUGCAUUAGCCGAACAGGAGAGAAAUACGAUUGAGCACUCGCUUCGUCGUCAAGAUGAUGCGUACAGAAUAGCCGAACAAGAACGAAACACGCAACAGCACACGGUUCGUCGUCAGGAUGUUACGUACCGCUUGGCGGAACAGGAGCGAGAUACGCGUCUUCACUCGAUUCGUCGUCAAGAUGAUGUAUACAGAUUGGCCGAACAACAGCGAAACACGCAGCAGCACACGGUUCGUCGUCAGGAUGUUACGUACCGCUUGGCGGAACAGGAGCGAGAUACGCGUCUUCACUCGCUUCGUCGUCAAGAUGAUGCAUACAGAUUGGCCGAACAAGAGCGAAACACGCAGCAACACGCUAUUCGUCGUCAGGAUGUUACGUACCGCUUGGCGGAACAGGAGCGAGAUACACAUCAUCACUCGCUUCGUCGUCAGGAUGAUUCAUACCGAUUGGCCGAACAAGAGCGGAAUACGAUUGAACAUUCGCUUCGUCGACAGGAUGAAGCUUACAGGAUGGCCGAACAGGAGCGAAAUAUGGUUCAACGUUCGCUUCGUAGACAGGAAUUGGAAUAUCGAUUGGUCGAACAGCAGCGAGAUACGCUUCAGCAUUCGCUUCGUCGUCAGGAUCCAACAUAUCGAUCAAUGGAACAGGAGAGAAACACGCGUGAACAUAUAGCUAGGAGGUCUGAUUUAUCAUAUCGCAUAUCCGAACAACGACGAAAUACGCAACAACACCGUGAAACCAGGAAUUCUGGUCGUAUUCAGUUGAACCAACUGAGGCUGAUUAGGAACUGCCGCGUACGUAUUCACCGAAUGGAUCCCAUUAACCGUGAAAACCAAAAUGCACGCCAAGCUGAGAGGAACGCAAUUAGGAGACGAAACAUUUCCCCGGAAUCUCGAAUGGAAUUGCUACAAAUGGAUUGUGCAAGACACGAAUCACGAUUAUUCG